CGCAUGUACUAGUGCAGGUAGCGAAUCCCCAUCGGUCUGGGCAACGAGUUCAGUGCGGCAGAUGCAACAGCCUCCCGAGCAGGGGGAAAUCGCAACGGCGACCCUAGGGGAGGUAGGCAAAUGCAGGGACGCCGGCUCAACUACUACUCGACCUCCUCCUCCCUUCUUUCUGUGCUAGUACAGUAGAGGCAGUGAUCGUCGGAGUGGACGACGACAGCGGAGACCUAUUGGAUGUCGGCGGCGGCGGACUGUAGUCAGUGCCGUGCUCCUCCCAACUCCCCUCAGCGCCUCCACUCAAGUCGGGUCGUCGGGAGAUGUUGAAAAAGAUUAACCCGUCCAUUGAUUAGUUCAAUCGGAUUUUUCCUUUUCCGAUAUAGGUGUAUAUGUUUGUUUGCACAGCAGUAUCGCAGAGGGCAAGAUCUGGUUUGGGAGGUAUUCACGUGUUCUCCCUCGAAUCCCUACCCAUUCAAUUUUUCUUUUGUCUUUUCUCCUCUUUCUCUCGUGCUCAUGAGAAGACAGAGCUCGCAGUCCAUGGCGACUGCCUCGAUGCGCCACGGCGGCGCGACGGCCUCGAUGGGCGGUGGCAGCGGCAGCGGCGACAGCGGCCUCGAUGCGCGAUAGCGGCGACGGCCUCGAUGCGCGACGGCCUCGAUGGGCGAUGGCGGCGCGGCGUAGACGGCCGGCAACCUGAUACGGUAGAUGAGAGAGAGGAGACCUCAUUUUUGUUAGCCCGAUUAUACCCCUCUUAAACCAACGGUUAGAUUAGAUUGGUACCUCGUACCUCAUAGUACCUCGUGGUACCUCUUCAAGUAUGGGAAAGAUGCUAAUAUAAAUAACUUGUUUGUUUUCAGACAAUGUAAAUAUGAUAUCUGAUAUAACCCUUUAAAAGGGCCAAGUGGUUCGGUUGUCUUCUGGAGUAGUUUAUCUUCUAGCUUGCCACCUUAGCUAAUUUCCACUUUAUAUUUGGGCUGUUAUCUUUUGGUUUAGGGGUGAUAGAUUUAAAAUGUUCUAUCUGUUAUCUCCUUGUAAGGUGGUGUCCUCUACAGUUACCUAGUGGUACCAAAAAAAAUCCUUACUAUGUUUCUUUCAAUAAAAGCAUCAAAACUCCUCUCCUUUUUUUCAGGAAAAAAAAAGGGGAAAGGGGGGGCAAAUCAGUUGAGAAGGGCACAUUUUAUCAGCAUCAGAGUUUGUACAGUUAUCACCAUAUAUAUAGAGUAGAUGAUAGGGGAGCAAUCCAAUCAGAAAAUAAUCAACAUUCUUGCUGGUUGUCAGCUACCGUGCAAGAACCAAGAAGAAGGCCCUAGCGACAGAUCGAUGGGUCGACGGCGAUAUCUGAAUCUGUUGGUGCACAACAACCACCACGACCUGUAUUCUCUGCACCGCAUACCCGGUACCCGCCAAUCGUCUCUUCUACCCAUCAACAACAGCAGCCGAAGUAGCAGCCAUGGCCAAGACACAAGAUGCAACCAAGUCCUACAUCGAUCACGAUGGCAAGAGGCCGCAUCCAGGGGCGCUGCACUUCAUGGACAGGUUCCGCAAUUUCCCAUGUCCAUUGCUCAACCUCCAGCCCACCCCAAUGCAUCACCGAAACGAAAGAUCUCUCGACUGCGUCACCCUCCUCGGCGACGAUGAGACCAAGAUCCUCACUGCCGACAACUACGGACACACCGUGCUCUUCGACGCCGCCUCCUACUCCGUCGUCCACUUCCCCAAGCUCAAUUGUUCCAAGGGGUAUGACGCCAUGGCCGUCUCCAUCAACCGUGCUGCACCCCAAGAACCGGACUGCCUCUACGUCCUCAACCUCAGAACCCACCCCACUACCAGCAACCAUUGCUUCGAGGUGCUCAGCUAUGGGGGUUUUUGUGAAAGGAUCCCCAUAUGGCGUUUUCUACCGCCGCCGCCCUUCACAACGACCACCCAAACUACAAUUACCUCCUACACGGUGGUCGGCGGCGACACUAUCUACGUUUCUUCCAAGCUCUGUGGCACUCACGCCUUUGACACGGUGAGCCGUCAAUGGCGGCCUAUAAGCAGCCUCUGGUCAAUGCCAUUCUUAGGCAAAGCUGAGUAUGUGCCAGAGCUCAAGCUCUGGUUCGGACUAUCAUGCCACCACCCCCAUAGCUUGUGCGCUUGUGAUCUCACCAACAUUGCACAGGGUCAGUUACACACUUGAUUGGAUCUCGACAUACCUGAAUCCUGGUCGCCGAUUCAGCUCGACCUCAUCAGCCUCGGCUCUGGCAGAUUUUGUGUCGCCAAGAUGUUCUCUUCUAUGAUGCAAGAUGACGAAAUUGACAUGGAGUUUGCUGUCCUCACUGGCCUGCAGAUGUUGCCUCCCCGUGGUACCAAAGAUGAUCAACAAGUGCCCUGGAUGGUCAAGCACAAGUCCAUAUACUACCCAUUUGGCUACUAUAACAUAAAACGGGUUUUCUGAAACUAGUGAUCAUAGUAUCAUUUUGGUUUCUAUGAAGCAAUGCUUUUAUCUGCUACUAUGCAUUUUGUCGUCCACAUUUCUACUGGACUGUAAUUAGGAGGGUACAACUGUGCCUUCUGCUUGCAUUGCAGACACUGAUUUGCAACCCCCUCCCUACUCUUCCGGCAGGCGGCAGCAUAUAUAUACAUGUGUUUUGAAGCAUGUAUGUAUAUGCUCCAGCCUCCAGCAAUACCAGUAUCUUACCAGGAUGAGUACAGCUAAGCUCUUUUCUUUUGCA